AUGAUAACUAACGCAAACAAUUUGAAUGUUUCGAGUGAUUCAAGUGAACUAGAGGGCUCAACGGAGUCGGACAAUGCAAAUGAAUCGCAUGAUUCAAGUGAAGUGGAGGACUCGAAUGAGUCGAAUGAUUCAGAUAAACCAGGUGAUUCAAGUGAUGUGGACGAGUUGAAUAAUUUGAAUGAACAGAACAACUCGAGUGAAUCGAACGAUUCGUCGGAUUCUGGUGAUAUGUAUGAUCAUCAAUCAACAGAUGAGAAUUCUUUUGAACUGUCUCAAUGUUCAGAUAAUUCUGAUGAGGGUAAUCAUGGCUUUGAUGAUGACACUGACAUGAGCGAGAUAGAUUGGAAUCAGAACAUUCGUAGACGUGUGAAAUCAUUCGAUGACAGCUCAAUCGUUUCAUAUCAGAACAACUAUGCAUUCCGUCCUAUUGAUGCUUUUCAACUGCUAUUCACUGACCAAGUUUUCAAACUCAUAUGCACACAGACGAAUAUCUAUGGAAAACAGAAACAUAAAACGAAAUGGAUUCCGAUCAGCAUGUC